GCUAGAGCAAGUCGUACCGGGCAUCGCAGGGGACAGUGAAUUUGGCCUGUGAUCGAAUCAAAACCUGCGAUUCUAAACAGACACUGGACGCGAGAAUUGGGGUUGGGCGGGCCAAGAGAAGCAAGCAUUAUAGAACUUGGGAGCAUGUGAAAUAUACGGAGGUGGAAACGCCGGGGUGGCUAAGCGGGUAAAGGCAGCGGGCGCAGAUGAAGCGGGCGGGGCGUCCCCCGCGCUGAACCGUCCGGGACAGAAGCCGCAGGGGCUGCGCAAGCUGGAGAAGGGAACGCGAGGACAGCGCGCGUGGCGCGGGGUCUGCCCCAGGACGGCAUCUUUUGAGUGGCCCGUAUGAGGUGUUUGCAGGACCCCGGGCCUUUGGGAAGUUGUCUGCUAAACCCCAGUAGACCCUGAGGAGCAGCGGCUCAUGAAUCUUCUUAAACUUGUCAUCAGCGGCUGGGCCUGCUGAAGGUGACCAUGGCACACGACGGAGAGAGGAGCCCGCGAGAGGCGGAGGAUUGUGGGGUCGUCCAGGAGGGUCGAUAGGCGAAGAACCUGAAGAGCAUCCAAAAGGGUACCUAGAGUUGAACUUCCUGUCUUUUUAGAAGAAUGGAUUUCUCGGAGGCCAAAAAAUUUAUGGUUCUUCUCUGGAAGAAUUUUAUUUUAAAGAGGCGGCGAUGUAUUGCUUUAGUUGUGGAAAUGGUCCUCACAUUUCUGUUUAGUGCCGCACUCUUGGCAGUACGUUCUGUUAUUGUUAUAAAGAAGAACGGACCUUUUGAUUUUGCUGCUCAGCCUGUUGAUGAAGUGCCUUUCUACGUCACAGCUUCCUUAGCUUCUGCUUUCCCUUUGGAAUUGGCUUAUGUGCCUUCCAGAAGUACUGUGGUUCAGGGUAUUGUCGAAAGGGUGAAAAUGGAUUUAAACCCCCAAAUGAAAGUUCUAGGCUUUUCCACAGAAGAAGAAUUUGAAGAUUACGUUAAGGAAGUAAAUAACUCUGAAAAGGUUCUGGCUGCUAUUGUUUUUGAUCAUGACUUCAAAAAUAGCAAUGAUCCCCUGCCACUGAAGGUAAAAUAUUACCUGCGUUUUAGUAAUGAAAAGAAGAGUAAUAUGCUGGAAAAUAUUUAUGAAGAAGCAAGCUGGUUGACAGAUUUUCUCUUUCCACCUAUCCCUUCGGUGGGACCCAGAAACCAAGAUGAAGAUGGGGGGAGUCCUGGGUACAUCAGUGAAGGGUUCCUGUUUGUGCAACACUCCCUGGAUAAGGCCAUCAUGCAAUAUCAUAGCGGCCAAGCUGCGGAAAUGCUGUUUAGCAGUAUCAGCGUUUAUGUUCAGAGAUUUCCCUACCCAUCGUAUUACCAUGAUUUCUUCUUUAUGUUUUCUGGUGUUUUCAUUCCUUUAGUACUUGUAUGUAUCUUCUCUCUGAAUCAUCUUACCCUUGUUCAAUCCCUUGUGUGGGAAAAGGAAAAUCGACUGAAGGUUAAACCGGCACCAGUCAUCCAAAGCAGUGACCCAACCCUUAUCGUUAUCUUUUUGCUGUUUUAUGCCAUCGCCACAAUAUGCUUCAGCUUUAUGGUUAGCACUUUAUUCAGUAAAGUGAAUAUUGCAGUUGCUUUGGGAGGUUUGUUUUUCUUCGCCAUCUACUUUCCAGCUGCUGGCCUCCAUCUCUACUAUGGAAAAAUGACAUUUAUCCAGAAGCUGGCAGCCUGUCUCAGCUCAAAUUUUGCAAUGGCAUUGGGAGUUAAAUUUCUAGCUGAUGCAGAAACAUGGAGAGUUGGACUUAAAUGGAGUAACAUCUUCUCAUCAACUACACUGGAUAACUUUUAUUUUGCCCAUGUGCUGGGAAUGUUUUUAUUUGAUGCUUUCUUGUAUAGCCUUGUGGCCUGGUAUAUAGAAGCUGUCUUUCCAGGAAGCUAUGGUGUGCCCAAGCCAUGGAACUUUUUCUUACAGUGCUCUUACUGGUUUGUGGAAUCACCUGAGAAAAAAACUGAAGUAAGUCAAUUUUAUGAGCAAAUGCAAAGCAAGUAUUUUGAAGCUGAACCAACGGAUUUGAGAGCAGGUAUCCAGAUCAAACAUUUGUGCAAGGUAUUCCAAAUGCACAACACUACCAAAGUAGCUGUAAAUGACUUGUCUUUGAAUUUAUAUGAGGGGCAGAUCACUGUUCUUCUAGGACAUAAUGGGGCAGGAAAAUCCACCACUCUAUCCAUUCUCUCAGGUCUCUAUCCUCCCACAAGUGGAAAUGCCUAUAUUAAUGGAUACAGUAUCUCAAAGCAGAUGGUCCAGAUUAGGAAAUCGCUGGGCUUGUGUCCCCAGCAGAACCUGUUGUUUAAUUACUUGACGGUAUCAGAACACCUUCAUUUCUAUUCUGUGAUAAAAGGAGUACAUGGAAAGAUGACGCCUACUGAAAUUGACCGCAUGCUGGCUACUUUUAACCUGCUAGAAAAGCGUAACAAAUUGUCCAAGUCACUGAGUGGAGGAAUGAAGCGCAAACUCUCCAUCAUUAUAGCACUUAUAGGGGGCUCCAAGGUAGUGAUACUUGAUGAGCCAACGUCUGGCAUGGACCCAGUCUCAAGGAGGGUCACCUGGGAUCUCCUGCAGCAUUUUAAACUUGAUCGUACCAUCCUACUGACCACCCACUACAUGGAUGAAGCUGAUGUUCUGGGUGACCGCAUAGCCAUCAUGGUCAAGGGAUCCGUGCGGUGCUGUGGCUCUUCAAUUUUCCUGAAAAAAAUAUAUGGUGUGGGAUACCGCAUUGUCAUGGUGAAGACACCUGACUGUAAUGUUGAAGAAGUCUCAAAAUUAAUUCAUUAUUAUAUACCAACAGCCACUUUGGAGAAUGAUGUUGGAACUGAGUUAUCUUUUAUUCUGCCCAAAAAUUAUGCACACAGUUUUGAAGCUCUGUUUACUGCUCUGGAACAAGAACAAGAAAACCUGGGCAUUUCUAGCGUUGGUGCCUCUGUCACUACCAUGGAAGAAGUCUUCUUCAAGGUCGGUUACACGGAAGAGUCACAAACAGAUAUCGAAGCUAUGAAGUCUUCCUCCCAAAUGGGCCGAGCCUCCAACAGGAACCAGAAUAAGAACAUGUCAAGAAAUGUGGAGGGAGCAGAUCCUCCCACCCUGAAUGAAAGCCCUACUAUUAACUUUAAUACUGGGUGUUCUCUCUACAGCCAGCAGUUCUGUGCCAUGUUCGUAAAGAGGGUGAUGUUCAACUGGCGCAACUGGAAACUGCUUUUGUUACAGAUACUGGGACUCAUAGGCUCCCUUGCCUUUCUCUUAAGUUCUAGUAAAAAUUCUUCACAGCAUGAAAUGAUUAGGCAAAUGGAGUUGAGUCAAUAUGGUCAAACCAUUGUGCCCUUUUCUAUUUCUGGGGCUUCUAAUUUGACUGCAGAUCUCUCAGAACGCCUUAAGAGUAUGCUCGAGUCUGACAACCAAAGACCUCAGGAAGUACAAGGUGACCUACUGAAGUACUUGAGGGAAACAAAAGAUUGUAUUCGUUUAUGUAUCAUUGCACUUUCUAUUGAGUCGGAGGCAAAUAUGGUAAUGCUUACUGCUCUGUUCAACAAUGAAGCAUAUCAUUCACCAUCUGUGGCCCUGGCAGUGUUAGACAACAUUCUUUUCAAGUCACUUUCUGGUGCCAAUGCUUCCUUAACAGUCUCCAACAAACCUCAGCCACUCCUUGAUAUUGAAGAAAAUGAAGAGCUUCAAAGUGGACAAAAAUUGGCCAUAAAUUUACAAUUUGGCAUGGCUCUUUUGAUCAAUGGUUUUUGUCUCCUGACGGUGACUGAGAGAACCACUAAGGCGAAGCACAUCCAGUUUGUGAGUGGUGUCUCUGUCAUUGUGUACUGGCUUUCUGCCCUAUUGUGUGAUUUCAUCAUCUUCUUUGCCUCCUGCUGCUUAGUAAUGGGAGUGAUAAAAUACCACAAAUUAGAUAUUUAUGUCACGGAUUACCACAUUCUGGAAACUAUGCUGAUCUUCACGCUGUAUGGCUGGUCUGCCAUUCCCUUUGUGUACCUGAUAAGCUUUGUGUUUUCUGGAAGUACUUCUGCCUACAUCAAACUUCUCCUACUCAGCUACUUUUCAGGCACUUUUGGUUUCCUCAUAGGCGAGAUAAUAGAAAACAAAAAGCUAACCAACAUCUCAAACACCACCAGAACCGUCGUACGUAAUUCAUUGCUGCUCUUUCCCAAUUACAACCUUGCAAAGUGCGUUAGUCAGUAUACAACUAUCUACGACGUGAAGAUAUUGUGCACCACCUUAAAGAAGCAUUCUGUCCACCUAAAUUGUAGCAAAGCAAAUACUGAGAAGAAUAUUUAUUCUUUGGAAGAGCCUAUGAUUGGAAAGUAUUUGAUUGACAUGAGUACUGCAGGCUUUAUUUUCCUUGUGUUGAUUUUCUUUUGGGAGACUACUUCAUGGAGACUAAGAACAUUCCUCAAUCAAUACAUUUACUUUGGUAUCUACAAGCGAUACAGGAAAGAGAUAGUGUCCAAGGAAUUAUCUGGGCAAUCUGAAGAUGAAGAUGUACAAAACGAAAGAAAGAGAAUCCUGGAGCAGCCUCAGGAGUUGCUGGAUUCUAUAGUACUUAUUAAAGAACUCAUAAAGAUAUAUUUUAAGUGCCCAGCCAUUCUGGCUGUAAAAAAUAUCUCCCUUGCAAUCCAAAAGGGGGAGUGCUUUGGAUUGCUUGGAUUCAAUGGAGCUGGAAAAACAACUACUUUCCAAAUUUUGACUGGGGAAGCGAGCCCUACCUCUGGAGAUGUGUUGAUUGAUGGCUUUAGCAUCACAAAAGAUAUCCUACAGGUAAGGUCAAGAAUUGGCUACUGUCCUCAAUUUGAUGCCUUGCUGGAAUAUAUGACUGCUCAGGAAAUAAUGAUUAUGUAUGCCAGAAUAUGGGGAGUCUCUGAGCCCCAGAUUAAGCUGUAUGUGAACAAAUGGUUGAAUUCACUGGAACUGGAGUCUCAUGCUGACAGGCUUAUCAGCACCUACAGUGAAGGAAACAAACGUAGGCUGAGUACUGCUAUUGCCCUAAUGGGAAGGUCUUCAAUCAUCUUCCUGGAUGAGCCAUCAACUGGCAUGGACCCAGUAGCCCGACGCCUGCUCUGGAACAUAGUGACAAAGACACGCGAAAGUGGAAAAGCCAUCGUUAUAACCUCCCACAGUAUGGAGGAAUGUGAUGCGCUCUGUACCAGUCUAGCCAUCAUGGUGCAAGGGAAGUUCAUGUGCUUGGGCAGCCCUCAGCAUCUCAAGAACAAGUUUGGCAACAUUUACAUCCUCAAGGUCAAGGUCAAGACUAAAGAUAAAUUAGAGGAUUUUAAACGUUUUGUUAUAACAACAUUUCCAGCUGACAGGCUGAAGUGGCUGAGUUGACCAAACCACAGAGAUGGCAGCUGCCCCUCCCCCAGGAACUUGGACCCAUCUCAGGGAGACUCCAACUCACUGCCAUUGGUUCGCUGGGAUUCCAAGCCAGUAGGUCUUAACUUGUGAUGUGAUGUGGAAGGGGGGCCUGCAGAAUGUACUGCUUGGCUCCCUGGAUUCAGCUUUCUUCCUAGGGAUAUGUACAGAUGGACCUCCCACCUUGCCAAGGAUCCCAAGGCUGGAGUAUAUAAAACUCCUGGGUCUCUGUGUAUACCUGAGUGGAUGCUCUGUCAAGACUUCACAGAGCUCUGUGUAUCAGACCCAAGGCCCUGGUGGUGUGGGCUCAUAAGGAGAUCUCUUGAGCUGUGGGUUACAAAGACCCAUGGGAAAAGCAUGGUUUCCUGGGCAGGGUCUCACAAUCACUCGAUGCUUCUCUUGGCUAGGGGUGGGGGUUCCUUUGGCUCCAUGGGGCUCCUUGGUGGGCCAUCUCCACCCCGUGCUCUUCCUUGUUCUCCAUGGGUUGAGUUUUUAGCCAAGUUGGUCCCAAUGUGAGAAUCUGGAUAUGUCAGCUGAAGGUGCUAAAUUCACUCACUCCUCUCCAUUCUUCUCCGUGAGUACUGUGAACCACAGCCACUUCUAAUAGGCUGUCUUGGAUUGGGUCCCUCUGCAAACAUAAGACUUUUAGAAAGCUCAGGUUUUUCAUAUUGGGCAUGUCAGCUGAUAAUUUAUUGUACCUCAAAUCCUGCCUUCAAUAAUUGCUAUGAACUCCACAUAAUAAGAUGAUUUCAUAAGGAAUAAAUCUGCUAAAAGCAUUAAUCAUGUCAUGGAUACCAAAGAGAGUGGGUUAGCGGGUCAUAUCUCCUUUCAUAUUGACCUCCUCUAUUCACCCCUCCACAGUAUAUAAUUAAAUGUAGUAAUAUUUUGGCAAUUUCAAAUGAAGCCUGUAAGAUUAUUCGCCUGUCCUAUU